AUGGUAGCCUGUCUAUUGACGGUUGAAAUGGUCACAAAGAUGUGUAUCCAGGGAUUGACUGCCCCGUCUACGAACCAGUCAAUGAGUGUUAACGUGGACUCGUCUUCACGGCGAAACCGUGCGUACUUUCAGCAGUCGUGGAAUUGUUUCGACGCCUUCAUGGUCUUUUGCCUGUGGGCCUCAAUUGUGCUUCAGUGUUUUGAAUUGCGUGCAACUUGGAAGGCAGGAGAGGAGGAACAGAAAUUUUGGCGACAGUACGGAUGGCUAAGCGUGGUGAGGUGUCCUCGGCCCCUCAUCCUCAUUCGCGUCUUCCGAGCUGUGCUUAAGUUGCAGCUGCCGCCCUCUCGUGUGAAUGCCAUCUUCCAGCGAUCAACCCACCAAAUUUAUAAUGUGAGCGUCUUCCUACUUUUCUUCAUGUCACUCUACGGACUUCUUGGUGUGCAAUUCUUCGGUGAUGAAUUGAAUUACCACUGCGUCUCAAAAACCGCUAACGAAAGCAAUCUCUUGAAGUCGGACCUGGCCAUACCCGAUUCUUACUGCGACCCUUUCGCUCCAGAGAUGGAUAGUCAAUGCCCCAAGAAUAUGAAGUGCGUCAGAGCAAGGACCUCAAUAGCCGAUGAGGGCAGCUACGCGAGCUUUGAAGCAUUUCACAUCAGUAUCUUCACGGUAUAUCAAGCGUCAUCUCAGGAAGGCUGGGUUUUUAUAAUGUACAGAGCGAUGGAUUGUCUCGCUCCCUGGAAAGGCGUCGCCUACUUCAUCACCAUGAUUUUCAUGUUAGCUUGGCUCGUUAAGACGCUUCUCAAGUCUACAGGCUUUAACAUUUUCAUAAUGCUCUUGGUUUUGGCCAAUGCAAUUACAGCCGCAGGACAGCACUUCAAUCACCAUCGUGUACGACAUGAUGAAUUUGACGGAAAUGUUCAAAUGGACGGAUUCUACUUCGCCGAGUUGAGUUUUACGAUUGUUUUUAAUCUGGAGGCCGCAUUUAAGAUAUGGUGCCUUGGAUGGCGGGCUUACUGGUCACGAUCGCUGUUCAAGUUUGAGCUGAUGCUCUGCAUUGGCACCACCCUCCACUGCAUUCCUCAACUCUACCGGACUGAAUUCACCUACCUCUCAGUCAUGCGGAUUGUGCGAUUGAUCAAAGCCUCGCCAAUGCUGGAAGACUUCUGUUUCAAGGUAUGA